UGUGAGGAGCACCAACAGCAACAGAGCGAAGCCUGCUCCGCCGCCGCAUUCACUAACUCCCGUACAAGUUCGCAGGAAAGAUGGCCGAUUUCGGGGACGACACCGGGGCCAGGGCACUGCUGGCCCUCAAAUCCGCGCCGUGUAGCCCGGUCAGAGUCGCCGUGCCGACCGUCUACACGCUGCCGUCGAGCGUGACCGGAGUCUCGGCCGUGGCGCUGAAUCCCCCUCCGCAGGCCCUCGCCCGCCUGGAAGGCCGGGACUUCGAGUUCGUCAUGCGGCAGAGGACCGUGACCGUGGGCCGCAACUCGUCCCAUGGCUCCGUGGACGUCAACAUGGGCCACUCCAGCUUCAUCUCCAGGCGACACCUGCAGAUCACCUUCGAGGAGCCCAACUUCUACCUGCGCUGCCUCGGCAAGAACGGCGUGUUCGUGGACGGCGUGUUCCAACGGAGAGGCGCCCCUCCGAUUCAGCUGCCGAGGGAGUGCACGUUUCGCUUUCCCAGUACGAUCAUCAAGAUUCAGUUUACUGCACUGUACCACAAGGAGGUGCUAAAGGAGGAGGCCCCCAUUUCCCCAGUGAGACCCCUCUACCCACAGAUUUCCCCACUGAAAAUCAACAUUCCUGAAACUUCAGACUUCAGAAGUAUGAUCAGUCCCCUGCCUUCACCCACAGGAACCAUCAGUGUGCCCAACUCCUGUCCGGCAAGUCCUCGGGCUGCCGGUUCCUCAGGGUACCGUUGUGGACGCAACAUCACCUCAGACCUGCAGCUGGCUGCCGAGUACGCAGCCAAGGCCGUGUCGGAGCAGCGCACUGAACCAUCCGGGGGAGACAGCCCCAAGGAUGAGUCUAAGCCGCCGUACUCGUACGCACAGCUGAUUGUGCAGGCCAUAUCAUCUGCUCAGGACCGACAGCUGACACUAAGUGGCAUCUAUGCCCACAUCACUAAGCAUUACCCCUACUACAGGACCGCAGAUAAGGGCUGGCAGAACUCCAUCAGACACAAUCUCUCUCUGAACCGCUACUUCAUCAAAGUGCCGCGCUCGCAGGAGGAGCCGGGUAAAGGCUCGUUCUGGAGAGUUGACCCGUCAUCCGAGGCCAAGCUGGUGGAGCAGGCCUUCCGUAAGCGCCGCCAGAGGGGCGUGUCCUGCUUCCGCACACCUUUCGGCCCGCUCUCCUCCAGGAGUGCUCCAGCCUCGCCCACUCACUCAGGCCUCCUCUCCCCUCACUCGAGUGGCCUACAGACCCCCGAGUGCCUGUCUAGAGAGGGUUCACCCGUAUCCCACGAGCACGAGUUUGGUUCCAAGUUGGCCUCUGUGCCCGAGUACAGAUACACUCAGAGCGCCCCAGGUUCUCCAGUGAGUGCCCAGCCUGUGAUCAUGGCUGUGCCUCCUCAGCCUUCUGCAGGGCUGGCCAAGCCUGUGGCCUACAUGCCUGCCUCCAUUAUCACCUCCCAGCAGCCUACAGCUCAGGCUGUCCACGUGGUGCAGCAGGCCCCAGCGGUCACAAUGGUGCGUGUGGUCACCACCUCUGCCAACUCCCCCAAUGGCUAUGUGCUGGCCAGCGCUGCUUCUGGAUUGCCCGGAGACGGAGACCACAGAGGUGUUCUAGAGGAGAUGGGGGCUCCUACAUCUAUCCCUGCAGGCAGUAGAGUCAUCCAGGCUGUGGGAAGCCACCUGAGCAGAGGGCAGCAGAGUUACACCAUUCUGCAGCAGGGCACCUUGCCGUUGGGCCAGCACCAACUUCCAGUUCAGGCCAUCACUCAGAACGGCAAGCAUGCCCUUCCCACAGCCAGCGUCUCGCCCAAUGCUUAUGCUCUCACUAGCCCUCUUCAGAUCCUGGCUGCCCAGGCCUCUACCUCUCCCCCAGUGGUGGUGAACAGACCCUCCAGUGUGGAAAUGGAGGAGGCUGGCCCGCGGGAGCCCGAGGCCAAGCGGAUCAAGAUGGAGGAGGACGGCGUGGCUUCAGUCCCCCAGCCCGUCAUCGUCGCGGUGAAGCCAGAACCCAGCGACUGAGUGAGUGAGUGAGUGGAGAAGCAAACGAAAGAGAGGAACCUUCAAGUGAACCCCCACAAUAGUGUUAGCCCAAGGUGCCAAGCCAAGGUUAUUGAGGGGAAAAGGUUUUUGAUGAUUUUUUUUUUCUUUUCUUUUCUUUUACAAAGAACUUUUUUUCUGUGAGAGAACAAGUCCACCACGGGUAACGUAAUUGUGUCUCUAUCGUGAGGAGGAGCAGGAUGAUGAUGAGGAGGAGGAGGUGGUAAAGAAGAAGAAUAAGGAGGAGGAGGAGGAAGAGAAGGAGGAUCAACCGUAUGUACUAAGGGCAGAUGUGAGCUAAAAUGCAUUAUCCUAUAAGCCUUAAAAGCAAACGCUGACACGUUUUUUUUUUUAAAUUGUCAUGGGCUUCUUUUACGAGGAUUGGAUUGGUCCCUCAGAGAGUUCGGAGAGCAUGCAUGCGCCUGUGCUGCCAUGUAGUUCCUCACAAGGUACAGUUGAACUAGUACUUACUUUGAGUCAGGGUGGGACCAAGAACUAAGCAGCUAUAUUUCUAUUUGGGAGCAUCGUUCUCUCAGAAUUGAAGCAUUAUGUAUUAAGCUCAUUGGAAGCUGGGAUUUACCCCAGCUUUCUGUGUCACUUAGCGAGGAAUUAUUUAUCAUUCUUUAUCAACGUAACACCAUCUCUACUGAAAUUAGAUCAUUACUAUCAUAACUAAAAACAUAAAAAAAAUCAAAGAUUUCUUAAAAAACUUAGUACAUGGAUUUAAACAAGCCCUCUCUUUUUCUAGCUGAAGCUUUAACAUGGUAGUAUAAAGUAUUUUUCUAUGGAGGGCUAUUACCUUGCUUGCUUAGCUGUUGUUAUAUAGAGAAAUGUCUAGCACAAUGUCAGUUUUCUGAAUUGGUUUGUGUAUAGUGCAAGAAUUAAAAAAGAAACAACUCAAUGAAUGUAUGUACCUUUUGUUCAUUUAUGGAUUUAUGGUCUGUGGCUCCCUUGUUGGCCUAAACACCUCUUACGAAAUUCGAAUAUGUUGGGAUAUUUUGUUUAAAAAAAGGAAUAAUGGUAAUUUUGAAGUGAAAUUCUGUAUUUAAUGUAGCUCAGACAGACAGCAGCCUAUCCAUCCUCUGUGUGCUUAGCCAGAAUUUCAGGUAUUUCAGGCUGAGAUUUGCAGAACCUGAUUAGAUUAUUUGUGUUAUUCAAUGAUAAUUCAGCCACAAGCAAAUACAGAGAUGUAAUUGCUGGCAUAUUUAACUAUUAAGAGGGGCUACUGACAACCAAAUAUGUUUAUUUCUGUUUCUAAGACCCAGGAAUGUAACCUUUUUAAUAUUCAUUUAUUGUCAGAGAUGCUAGUGUUCCACUGUCCGCCUUCUCUGUGACCCUAUGAUGAUGUUGAUGACUAUGAUGAUGAUGAUGAUGAUGACAGUGGGACGUACUAAAUGAAUGUUAAACAUUUUCUAAAAGUUCUCAAGACUUUGUAAUUGUUCUUUCCACAGAAGCUUAUUUUGGUAACAUUCAAAAAGUGUUACUCAAACUUUAUAUUUUUACUAACAACAACAAGAGUCGAUUUCGUUGCUGUCAUUCAAAAGACUUGGUCCAAGUUUUUCACUUUUUGAUAUAAUUCAAAUUUGGCAUGUGUUUUUUAUAUCAUGUCAGAGUUUUGUGAGGAAUGGACCAAAUAGAAAUAAAUGCUCCAAAAUGACUUGGAAUACUUAAAACUUUUUAUUUUAGUUAAUUUUAUUUUUACAUUUUUUUUACAUUAUAUUUUAUUUGAAAGUUAAAAGAUUGUAAUUGUCCUUCACCUGCCAAGUUGCCAUAUUGGAGAUAUUUGCAGGAUUUUGGGUGACAGCAACGAUGUGUAAUAUAAGCUGCGUCCCAAAUCUAGGCUGCUGAAGGCCCCUUCAUUUACAGCAGAGAGUGAUUUCAAGGGCGCGACUGAUGUAUCCUUCAUGGCUCUCAGUUACCCAUAAUUCUCUGCACACAGUGCAUACAAUGCAAAGGUUAGGAAAAAUUCAACACACAAAUAUAGUAAAAAAAAAAUAAAAAAUAAACUGAACUUAAAGAUCUCCAGAGUUCAUUUUAAAAUGUUAGUUUUUUUUUAUAAUUAUACGUAAUUUAUUUUCGUAAAAAAAAAAUACAAUAAAUAAAAGCACACAAAUUUCAGGCCACAUAUGCAAGAGACGGGACCUUUUUGGUGAUUUCACCAUAAAGCCUCAUCAGACUGUUCCAUAUGUGGGACAUUUUCAUAUGUGGGACCCGUCCCACAUGGACUGCAGCCUGGGAUUUGGAACGCAGCUCUAGUGUUUGAAUCCUUGAAGAUUGAAGUUUUCAAGACAAUCACUACCAGGGUGGUUUUGGUGACCACAGCAUGGAUACGAAAAAGAAGCACCUCAGAUAACUUGCAAUAUUAACAAAGACAGAUCAAUGCAAAAGACCAAAUGCAUAAUCUCCUCAUUAGUGCCUUGGAGUUCCGUAGUAAAGCUUAAACCUCGAUCUAGAACUUGUUACUGGGAAGUUGGAACACUGAAGUUUUUAUUUCUCCCUAUUCAGGCUUAGAAAGACAACAGAACACUGUUUUAAUCCUUUCUAUCAGGUUGAACUAUGAAAUCGGGUCACUCUUCGGUCGGCUUUUGGUCCGAGCCUUGUGGUGGCGGUGGCGGUGGUGAAGAUGAUUGAUGAAUUAAUAAAAUGACUGAGAUCACACUGCCAUAACCAAAAAUAAUAAUAGUAAUAAUAGUGAGGCUGUAAUACAGUCUUAAAGGGGCAAACUUCACGGCUACAUCGAAAUAUCUUUGCCGACAUAAAGGCACCUGCACCCACAGUAAUGGGUUACAUACUCCGAUCAGCCAUAUCAUUAACACCAACUCAUUGUUUUUACACUUAUUGUUUGUUAAUAUUGUUAUUAUAAAAGUGAUUUAUAUGGUAACAAUUACAUACUGUAGUUCUGUAUCUGUUUCUCUGUAUACUUUAUUAUUAUCCUCCUUCUUUCACCCUGUUCUUCAAUACUCAGAACCCCACAGGAGAGAAAACCACCUCAGAGCAGCUAAUAUUAUUAUUAUUACUAUUAUUAUUAUUAUUAUUAAUAUUUGUGUGGUGCGUCAUUUUCACAUUAUCAGUACUGCAGUGAUUAGCACUGAUUAGCAUGGUGGUGUGAUUAGUAUGAGUUGUUAGUGUGUGUUGUGCUGCUGGUACAGUGACUGGAUCAGAUGCAGCAGUGCUGCUGGAGUUUUUAAACACUGUUUAUUCAUCUCUCACUGUUCUCCACUUUAUUACACACUACUACCUACAGCUGCUCCUCCACCUUGUAGAUACAUUAAAGUUAGAGAUAGAAGCUCUGAAGAAUCUGUUGCUGCACAGUUUACAGUGUUUGGCAUUCUCCAGUCUUUCAUCACAGUCUUCAGGAUGCCGCACACAGGACACUGUGAAAUCACUGCAGUGCUGAGAAUAAUGAUACCUGUUAUGUGGUGGUUUUCUCUCCUGUGGAGUCCUGAGUAUUGAGGAACAGGGUGAAAGGAGAAGGAUAAUAAUAAAGUAUGCAGAGAAACAGAUACAGAACUAAAUUGUCAUUGGUAUAAUAAGUGUAGACAAUGUGACGAUGAGCGUAAAAACACUGAGAUGGUGUUAAUGUAAUGUUGUGACCGGUCGUUGUACAUAGUGAAGGGGGAGUGAGUCGAGAGAGCGAGAGGAAAGUGGUAAAGAAAUUUCUAUAAUUUCUAAUGUCGUUUUUACCCUCUUCUUCUUUUUUUUUUUAGCUUUUAAUGUAUUGUAUAAAAAUGCUGCACGCUCUAGAUAACUAAACUGCACCUGCAUUAGAGAACAAUCACACACUUGAACCACUGCAACUCCAUUUUAAGUUUAGUUAUUAAUUUACCUCAAACUCCGAUUCAGCCAUCAUGGAAUGGCGAAGCUGGAAAGCAUUAAGAGCUGUAAUUUAAGUAUUCGGGCUGGGAGGGGUUUUUACGCCUCUCCGUACACAUGAAAGUACAAAUAAAUAUAUAAAUAAAUAAAUGAAUGGAAUCUAAUGAACGAAUGAAACGAGCGCUUGCUUUAGAGUCGCGUUUCAUUUCUCUUUAAACCUGUUUAUUCAACUUUUCACUGCCUAAAACCGUUUUGCAUACAUUUUAUCAGUCUCUGUGUCUCUAUCAGCGAUGUACAAGGUGAAUGAAUAUAAAGUAUUUUUGUCAACUAAUCUGAUGUACUCGAUUUGUGUGCUUUUGGUGUUUUAUGUUUUUUUUCUUUGCAUAUUAGCUUAUGCAAGUGUUUAUACACUAAAACCUUUAUAAUUUAAAAAAAAAAUAUCAAGUCUAAUGAACUGAUGCACGUUUUCUUUCACUUCUUCUGUUAUAACUUCUGUUGUUCUGGGUUUGAUCUUCACCCACUGUGUACAAAAGCAGCCUGUGUUAGCUCAGAAACUCUCUGAAACUGAAAUAAAAAUGUUGUCUUUAUAAGCCUCUAUUAUAAAGAUUGUCAUGAUCUAUUUAAUAAUAAUUGCCUGACCUUUUUUUCCAUUACACAACCUCAUAUAAAGUGGUGCAAGAGCAUGGGAUGCUGGUUCCUUCAUUAUUUCUGGAAAAAUAAAAGAAAAAAACAAUUAAAGGCCCAGUAAUGAAUAGCUGAAACUGCCUGUUUUACGGAGAUAAACUUGAUUUUGUAUAUUUGAAGCAGUCUGAUCAUUUAUUGAGGGCUUUGUUUCAACUGCUAUUCAACUGCAACAGCUACUGCUGCUUCUACACUAAACCCACCUGCAGGGCUGUGUUCACAUUACCAGGCUAAAUUGUGUAAAAUCAGAAUCUAUUUUGUUUGUUCUGCACUAGAUUCAAACUGAGGGUAAAAGUUGCUGGAUGCAAUGUUUCAUAAUACCUUUUUUAAGUGUGACCUAUACAGCUCUGAAAAAAAUUAAGAGACCACUUCAGUUUCUGAAUCAGUUUUUCUGAUUUAGCUAUUUAUAGGUAUAUGUUUGAGUAAAAUGAACAUUUGUUGUUUUAUUCUAUAAACUACGGACAACAUUUCUCCCAAAUUCCAAAUACAAAUAUUGUCAUAUAAACAAUUUAUUUGCAGAAAAUUAGGCUGAAAUAAAAAGAUGCAGAGCUUUCAGACCUCAAAUAAUGCAAAGAAAACAAGUUUAUAUUCAUAAAAUAAAAGUUAAGAAAUCAAUAUUUGGUGGAAUAACCCUGGUUUUUAAUCAUAGUUUUCAUGCAUCUUUGCAUGUUCUCCUCCACCAGUCUUACACACUGCUUUUGGAUAACUUUAUUCCUUCACUCCUGCUGCAAAAAAAACAGUUCAGCUUGGUUUGAUGGCUUGUGAUCAUCCAUCUUCCUCUUGAUUAUAUUCCAGAGGUUUUUAAUUUGGUAAAAUCAAUGAAAAUCAUCAUUUUAAGUGGUCUCUUAUUUUUUUUCCAGAGCUGUAUUUGACAUUUGUCUGACCAGUUCACGCUUUUAAACUGAUGCUCAUGCUUUAACUUUCAAAUCUUCUCCAGCAUCAUAGGAGCUAUCAAGAACUUUCUGUGACCAACAGCUGGGAUUGUCACUUAAAAAGCUUUGUGGAUCUGUAAAAAGGUUAUGGUUUUUUAUUUUGCAUUCUUGUUUUCUUUACGCUUUGUUUUUAAAUUAUUUAAUUUUCUCUGACACUGCAUCAGCAGCUCCCUCCUGUGGCCAUCCAUGUUCAUACAUUAGGUUAGAAUAUAUUUCAUACAAAGGUUGGUUGCCACACAAGUGUUGGAAUAGAGAAAGAAGUCCAAAUAUUUUAGCUCUUUUAACUUACUAUCCCACCAUUAAACUCACUCACUCAGUGCUGUUGUCCAGUUUUUCUUACUCUUAACAUAACAUAAGUCACAUGAGUAUAUAAGUCGCAUUGCUGCGAAUGAAUGAUGCUUGUAAUGUGAACGCAGCCACAUCAUGUUGCAACGUCUUGAAAAAAAUGUCUUAUUGGCCUCCACUGAACCCGAAUCUGAUUCAAUACAGAUUGGCUGCUUUGAAAAGGGCUUUCUCUCCUUCAGCUGCUGUCUGUCCUGGUGUUGAUUUAUUUUCCACACUGAUGUAAUUUCAUUUGAAAGGUUAAUCUUCUACAAUCCUACCUGUCUGUAUUGUUUGCCUAGCAUUGUGUCUGUUCUAUAGCUGUUCUAAGUUCAGUUUAUUGCCUCAUCCUGAUUACAUUAAAGCUGUUUUAAUGUAUUCUGUUUCUCUGUGCACAUGUGCAGCACUCUCUGUCCCCUCACUGCCUUGUGGAAAGCUGAAAAUGUGACGACAGCCUAUUAAAAGGUUUAAGCUGUCAA